AGGGUUUUGAGGAAAGGCCGCUCGCUUUACAGCCAUUCAAUUUCGCAUAUUAAUUAAAUUAACUAUCUCCCCCACGUUAAUUAUGUAUCAUAAUUCUUAGUAUUAUGCGUGUCCGUACAACGCUUCACUAACCUUCGUCAACAGCUUAAGUUGUCAUCCUUAUAACAAACGCAGCACAAAGCAAAACAACCCCAUUCAGAACAUUUCAUCUGUGGAAAAUCGGGGAGUGAGUUGAAUAAUUUAUGAGUUAAACUGCCAAGCAACAUAGCCUAGCGAAAACGGGAAUAACUGCACAGGGACUUGGGAAGAAGUUGGACCUGCCUUUAUAUUUAUAACAGGUUGCUAAUGAAGGAAAUAAAAAUAAAAUCAAAGCGCCAUAACUAUUGCAUUUUUCGAAAGCAAAGGUUCAGACGGAAUGCCAAUUUUUGGCUCAUUGUCCGAAGACAGAUAGGGGCCUAGACAUUUUGUGGUGAACAUUUAGAUAUAAUUUAGAAUCGCGAACUAAAUUUGUAAAAAAAAAUUAAAAAAAUAAAAAAAACCCUCUCACAUUAAAAGAAUUCCUGGCUAUUUUACGCAACUUCCGGUUUAGAAAUCUCAAAAUGGCGGAAGGUGGGCCACCGGACUUGGAAACGCAGAAAAAUCAACUUCAGGACUAUCUAAAACAAAGUCUUAAAAAGGAAGAAUCAUGGUACUUAAUCGACGUGAGGUGGUUCAAGCAAUGGAAGAAGUACGUGGGCUACGACCACUGGGACUCAUACAACAUCGGGGAGCAGGCUGCGCACCCUGGCCCCAUCGACAACUGCUCUCUGCUCAAGGAGAACAAGAGCCUGAAGGAGCACCUGGUGGACGACCUUGACUAUGUGCUGGUGCCGGAGGAGGCCUACAAGAAGCUGGCCUCGUGGUACGGCGUGGCUCAGGGACAGGAUCCCAUCGUGCGUCGCGUGAUCGAGCAAGGCAUGUACGUGAAGCACUGCAAGGUGGAGGUGUACCUGAUGGAGCUGAAGCUGUGCGAGAACUCUGACACCACCACUGUGGUCACUCACGCCUUCAGCCGCGCUGAUACCAUCGGAACGAUCGCGGAGGAGAUGCGUCGUCUGUUCAGCAUCGCGGACAACAAAGAGGUUCGUCUGUGGAACCGUUACAUGAGCAACACGUACGAGCACCUCAGCAAGAAAGACGUCACUCUCCAGGACGCCGGACUAUACCAGGGACAGGUGAUCGUCAUUGAGGUGCAGAACGAGGACGGCACCUGGCCAAGACAAGCCAAAAGUGCUAGCUCUUACAGCCCCUCCUCCUACCCUUCUACCAGAAGCUCGGGCUACAGCGGUGCCAGCGGCUCCUCCACCUCCCACUACGACUCGCUCAGCCAGAGCAGCAGCAGCAGCUACAGUGGGGGCAGCAGCAGCGGCGGGGGUGGUGGCGGUGGUGGUUUCGGCAGCAGCAGCUACUACAGCAGCAACGGCUACGACCGCGGGGGCUCCAACAAGCCGGGACUGUGUGGCCUGGCCAACCUGGGCAACACCUGCUUCAUGAACUCUGCCUUACAGUGCAUGAGCAACGUGCCCCAGCUGACGGAGUACAUGAUGGGCAACCGGUGGGAGAAGGAGCUGAACAAGGAGAACCCGCUGGGCAUGCGCGGGGAGAUCGCCAUCUCUUACAACGAGCUGGUGCGAGACGUCUGGUCGGGCCUCAGGGCCUACACAGUGCCUAGGAACUUUAAGGUGGCGGUGGGCCGGUUCGCGCCCCAGUUCUCGGGCUACCAGCAACAAGACUCUCAGGAGCUCCUGGCCUUCCUGUUGGACGGGCUCCAUGAGGAUCUCAACCGCAUACGGCAGAAACCCUACAUAGAGCUCAAGGACUCCGGGGGGCGACCCGACAAGGUGGUGGCCAAAGAGGCGUGGGACAACUACAAAAAGCGCAACGACUCCAUCAUCGUGGACAUCUUCCACGGGCUGCUCAAGUCCACCGUCAAGUGUCCCGACUGCCAGAAGAUCUCCGUCACCUUUGACCCCUUCUGCUACCUCUCCCUGCCCCUGCCCGUCAAGAAGGAGCGGCUGAUGGAGGUCAUCUGGGUGCCGCUGCCCGCAGACAUGAAACCUAUGCAGCUCAAGUUGACAGUUCCUAACGUUGGCAGCAUCCGCGACCUGUGCAAGGCCUUGUCGGCCUACGUCACUGUUCCAUCAGAAAGGAUGGUGGUCACAGACGUCUACAACCGCCGCUUCCACAAGAUCUUUAGCAUGGAGGAGGGCGUGAACCACAUCUUGGACAGAGACGACAUCUUCAUUUUUGAGAUUCCCAGCAGUAAUAUAGAAGACCCCAACACCAUGAUUCUGCCCAUCUACUUGCGUGAAAAAAAAUACAGCGUGCGUCACUCGGACCAGAACUCCGUCUCUAGUCAGCCUCUGUUUGGCUACCCGUUCCUCCUGGCAGUGCCCCGGCAGAACUGUACCUACGAGAAACUCUACCAGCUACUUGUGCAGAGGAUGGCAUACGAAGAUGGAGACUGGGGUGCUGGGUGACUCGUCGGAAGACUCCUCAAACGUCAAGACGGAGAGAGAUGCCGCAACCUCCUCUAGUGUCAAGGUCGAGAGAGAUACGGCUGCCUCCUCUAACAUCAAGAUUGAGGGAGAUGCUGUCGCCUCUUCUUCAUCGUCCUCCUCCUCCUCCUCCUCCUCCCCCUCCCCCUCCUCCACUCCGUCUUCCUCCAAGGGCAAGCGGAUUUUCACACUGCGGGCAGCAAACAAUUUUGGCCGGGACGAGUCGGGCACGCGUCUAGUGGAUGACGGGAAAGCCUUGAGGAUGAGUAGUCGGACAUACAUCGCUGUAGACUGGAGUCCGGCGGCUAAGGAAAGGUUCUUUGACACAAAAGCUGCGGAGGACUUUGAGGAGCACGAGAGCAUGAGGUCGCGCGGUGUGCAGAAGAAGACGGUCAUCCAACUGGACGACUGCCUCAAACUCUUCAUGAAAGAGGAGCAGCUUAGUAAACACGACCCCUGGUACUGCCCGGACUGCAAGGAGCACAAACAGGCCACCAAGAAGUUUGACCUGUGGUCACUGCCGGACGUUCUCAUCAUCCACCUCAAGAGGUUCUCCUACAACAAGUACUGGAGGGACAACGAAAGCGGCGUAUGUGUUAGUGUACCAGCGCAGAAAUCUGAUCCAGAGCCGCAAGGCCUCGAAAACCCACACGGCGAGCGCCACCAUCUCGCUGCAGUACAACCACAACAGCCCCUCCAUCUCCAACGGUGUAGGGCCCGCCUGCGACGAGGACAUGGAGACGAACUAACGGCAACGGGGGCGGGGUGGUGGGGGGCAUUAUUGUGUGUAGGGACACAGAGACGAACUGGC